CGCCCUCCCAGCGCCGGGGACGCGGCGCUCGCGCUCCCGCCCGAGCCCGGGGAAAGCGGAGACAAGGAGGCGCCGCCGCCCCCUCCUCCCGGCUGCGCCCCGGCCCUGCGCCCGCAACAUGCCGGCCGCGGAGCCGAGCGCCGCCCUCCUCCUGGAGCUCGCGGAGGCGACGACGCUGCCGGCCGCGGGGCCGCGGCUGCGAGGGUAGCGGGGCCGGAGUCGGCACCGAGGCGCCGCGAGGCGGGCAGAGCGGGAGGAGGAGCAGCAGGCAUCUUCCGCGGCGCGGCGGGCGGCGGCCCUGCUGCCCCGGCGCGCCCAUGGCCGGGGCGCGAGGAGAAUGCGAGUUGCGCUGCCCGCCGGCCGCCGCCGCCUCCCCCCGCGCCGCGCGCUCGGCGCCCCCCGGAGCUGCUCGCGUCGCCGCCGCCGCCCCCCAACUGCGGGCGCCCCGCCGCUGGCUGCGCUAGGACCCUCAGCCGCCGGUCGCCGAGGGCUGGUGGGAAGGGAGGGGCGAGAGGGCCCGGGAGACUGGCGCCCGCCCGGGCGCAGCGCGGCAUGUAGCUGCGGGCGCCGGCGCGAGGGUGUCGGCCCGGGGCCCCGCCAUGGCUGGGAAGGACAGUGGGAACCUGAAGACGGUGAGGCUGUGGCGGGACGCCGCCCUGCGCGCCAGGAAGCUGCGGAGCAACCUGCGCCAGCUCACCCUCAGCGCGGCCGGGGGCUGCCCGGGGGCCGGCGCCGAGCAGCUCGACUCCCCCGACGCCCCGCAGCUCGUGCUGCCGGCCAACAUCGGGGACAUUGAGGUGCUGAACCUGGGGAACAACGGCCUGGAGGAGGUGCCCGACGGGCUGGGCUCGGCGCUGGGCAGCCUGCGCGUCCUGGUCCUGCGCAGGAACCGCUUCGCCCGGCUGCCCCCGGCCGUGGCUGAGUUGGGCCACCACCUCACCGAGCUGGACGUGAGCCACAACCGGCUGACCGCCCUGGGCGCGGAGGUGGUGAGUGCCCUGCGGGAGCUGCGCAAGCUCAACCUCAGCCACAACCAGCUGCCCGCCCUGCCGGCCCAGCUGGGGGCCCUUGCCCACCUGGAGGAGCUGGACGUCAGCUUUAACCGGCUGGCGCACCUGCCCGACUCCCUCUCCUGCCUCUUCCGCCUGCGCACCCUCGACGUGGACCACAACCAGCUCACUGCUUUCCCGCGGCAGCUGCUGCAGCUGGCGGCCCUGGAGGAGCUGGACGUGUCCAGCAACCGGCUGCGGGGCCUACCUGAGGAUAUCAGUGCCCUGCGUGCCCUCAAGAUCCUCUGGCUGAGCGGGGCCGAGCUUGGCACCCUGCCCAGCGGCUUCUGCGAGCUGGCCAGCCUGGAGAGCCUCAUGCUGGACAACAACGGGCUGCAGGCUCUGCCCGCCCAGUUCAGCCGCCUGCAGCGACUCAAAAUGCUCAACCUCUCCUCCAACCUCUUCGAGGAGUUCCCUGCCGCGUUGCUGCCCCUGGCUGGGCUGGAGGAGCUCUACCUUAGCCGCAACCAGCUCACCUCCGUGCCAUCCCUCAUCUCGGGCCUGGGCCGGCUGCUCACCCUCUGGCUGGAUAACAACCGGAUCCGCUACCUGCCCGACUCCAUUGUGGAGCUGACGGGCCUGGAGGAGCUGGUGCUGCAAGGGAACCAGAUCGCAGUGCUGCCGGACAACUUUGGCCAGCUCUCGAGGGUGGGCCUGUGGAAGAUCAAGGACAACCCGCUGAUCCAGCCCCCCUACGAGGUCUGUAUGAAGGGGAUCCCCUACAUCGCAGCCUACCAGAAGGAGCUGGCUCAUUCACAGCCGGCCGUGCAGCCCCGCCUCAAGCUGCUUCUGAUGGGCCACAAGGCUGCAGGGAAGACCCUUCUCCGCCACUGCCUCACGGAGGAGAGAGUGGACGGAAACCAAGGAGGAGGGGACAAGGAAAAGAGCUACCCGCCUGCGGCUCCUUCUGUGAGCAAAGGCAUCGAGGUGACCAGCUGGACGGCCGACGCUUCGCGGGGGCUGCGGUUCAUUGUGUACGACUUAGCCGGGGAUGAAAGUUAUGAGGUGAUCCAGCCCUUCUUCCUCUCCCCAGGAGCCCUUUAUGUGCUGGUGGUGAACCUGGCCACCUACGAGCCGCCCCGCUUUCCCACCACCGUGGGCUCCUUCUUGCACCGGGUGGGGGCCCGCGUGCCUCACGCCGUGGUGUGCAUCGUGGGCACGCACGCAGACUUGUGUGGGGAGCGGGAGCUGGAGGAGAAGUGCCUGGACAUUCACCGCCAGAUCGCCCUGCAGGAGAAGCACGACGCCGAGGGGCUGAGCCGGUUGGCUCGGGUGGUGGACGAGGCCCUGGCCCGGGACUUCGAGCUGCGCUCCGCCAGCCCCCACGCAGCCUACUACGGGGUUUCCGACAAGAACCUUCGGCGGCGCAAGGCCCACUUUCAGUACCUGCUCAACCACCGGCUGCAGAUCCUCUCCCCGGUGUUGCCCGUUAGCUGCAGGGACCCUCGCCAGUUACAGCGCCUUCGGGACAAACUGCUCUCGGUCGCCGAGCACAGGGAAAUCUUCCCCAAUUUACACAGAGUGCUGCCUCGGUCCUGGCAGGUGUUGGAGGAACUGCAUUUCCAGCCGCCCCAGGCGCAACGACUGUGGCUGAGCUGGUGGGACUCGGCUCGCCUGGGCCUGCAGGCGGGGCUGACCGAGGACCGGCUGCAGAGCGCCCUUUCCUACCUGCACGAGAGCGGCAAGCUGCUCUACUUCGAGGACAGCCCAGCCCUCAAGGAGCACGUCUUCCACAACCUCACCCGCCUCAUCGACAUCCUCAAUGUCUUCUUCCAGAGGGAUCCUUCCUUGCUGCUGCACAAGCUGCUUCUAGGGACCAGCGGCGAGGGUGAGGGCGAGGGGGAAAGUUCCCCGCCGGCGGCGGCGCCCACCCCAGGCCAGGAACUGCUCCGGACCACCCAGCUCCAUCACUAUGUGGAGGGCUUUCUGCUUCAUGGGCUCCUGCCAGCCCAUGUCAUUCGGUUGCUGCUGAAGCCUCAUGUCCAGGCCCAGCAGGACUUUCAGCUGCUGCUGGAGCUGCUGGAGAAGAUGGGACUCUGUUACUGCCUCAAUAAACCCAAGGGCAAGCCUUUGAAUGGGUCCACGGCCUGGUACAAGUUCCCAUGCUAUGUGCAGAAUGACGUGCCCCACGCAGAGGCCUGGAUCAACGGGACCAACCUGGCCGGACAGUCUUUUGUGGCCGAGCAGCUGCAGAUUGAAUAUAGUUUUCCCUUUACCUUCCCGCCCGGGUUGUUUGCACGCUACAGCGUCCAGAUCAACAGCCACGUGGUACACAGAUCGGAUGGUAAACUUCAGAUCUUUGCAUAUAGAGGGAAGGUUCCUGUGGUGGUCAGUUACAGACCUGCCAAGGGGGUCUUGCAGCCAGACACUCUGUCCAUUGCCAGCCAUGCCUCGUUACCAAAUAUAUGGACGGCGUGGCAAGCCAUAACCCCCUUGGUAGAGGAACUGAAUGUCCUACUUCAGGAAUGGCCUGGACUGCACUACACCGUGCACAUUCUCUGUUCUAAGUGCCUUAAGAGAGGGUCGCCCAAUCCACACGCUUUCCCAGGUAAGUGGAGAGAAAGACGUGGCUCUUCUGUGGGUAAGUGGAGAGAGGGACGUGGCUCUUCUGUGGUAAUGUUUUAAGGUGCAUUUUUUGAAGAUGCCGGUGUUUCAUUUGAUCGACUGUUUGCUUAACCUCACAGGCUCUCCGGGAAAGUUUUUCAGUGUGAAUGCAGGGGGAUUAGGGACGAGCAAAAGAGAAAUACAGUCGCCAGUGUCAUACUCUCCUAAUAAAAAAACCCAGACCUCAGAAGCGGGUUCCAGGCCCACUGUUGGAGUUUGGAUCUCCUUUUCCCUUUUCCCAAUUCAGCCUGCCUUCCAUGGAAGGAAUUUCAGGUGGUUGAACAGAAGAUGGAUAGCUUCAUGCUGAGCCCUGGCUUAUUGUGCAUAUUAGACACAUCUCUACGGGGUGCUCGCGGCUUGAGAUGUCAUUGUCAUCAUCUUUGGUUUAAAUUCAGCGUAAUCAUAAAGUAAAAAUUAUCGCUCACUUUUCUUGGGAAAUUCUAGAGAAGAAUGUUUUGUAAAUGGGGUGAAUGAUGGUUUAGUAAAGACAAAAAUUUCAGUCUGUAAUGCAUGACUUAAGUCCUGGGAUCACUGUUGCCCAGCACACUCUAAGGCAUGGAAGAUAGAUUACUGAAAUCUCUGAGGGGAGUUUCCUCGGGUAUUUCCUGCCAGUUUUGUGCUUUAGAGAUGUCUAAAGGUUUGGUUUUUGCUAAGCGUUAGAGCUUUUUGGAAAUACUUUGUGAGAGAUGGAAGGGACAAAAGGCUGGCAAGAGUUUUAUGGUUUUUUGUUGUUUUUUUUUUCCUUUUUCUCUUUUGGGGACUGUUUUGCAAUAGACGUUUUUCUGUUUUACUUUUUUAAAGCAUUGUAGGUGAGUGGGAGAAUUCCAGAACUGGUGGUGUGGGAUUUUUUGAGCCUGGUUAAUUGAUACCCUGAGUCUUUAGCUGGGAAUGUGUCCAUUUUUCACACUAGAGCAUUCUUUAAACAACUCCGGCU